AUGGCAUCUACUUCAGUGGAGACGGAUCAGGGAGCUCCCAUCUCGCUAGUAGAUCUAGCGGACAAGGGCCCCGAUGCUGAAGCCUCUCCCAAACCGCCCGAGUCGGAGGCACCGACUGACACAAACUCCUCUACUCCCCCACCUCACCAUAGCCGGCUCCUUACACCACUCGAUAUAGCCGACGUCAACGCCGCAUCCAUCGCUACGGAGGAGCAAGUGAUAUCCCUGGAGACUUCUGACAGUCCCCCUUCCGACCCCGCUAAGGCAGAUUGCGUCUGUGCAACCACAGAGACCGCCGCUCGUUGCGCAAACAGCUGGCUACGGCUCGAACGACUGAUCAGCAAUCUCGAAAAUCGCGUGCAAAAUGCCGGCGGAGGCGGCUCUAAGAGUAGUGGCCAGGGACAGGAGCGACCAUCGCCCACGAAGCCCAACGACGACGCGGCAGAACCGCCGAAGCUACAGACGAAAAUCAUUCCCAAGAUCCGAAAGUGCACUUUCUCGCAGUUUGUCAAUCAGUUCGCCUCGGAGGACACGCACGCGAUAGAGGUGCUCGUGACUGGGAGUCGAUUGGUCAAGGAGAUCUACGAUGAGUGGGAAGAACGAUGUCGUCUCGGCGUUGAGGGUUACAGCAAGAAGGACGACAAUGAGAAGCCCUCGUCACGAAGGUACGGCGCCAAUUCGACUGAAACCUGGAUACACGGAGUCCGCAUUCGAUCUCCCAAAUUGAUGGAAAUCUUCGACAAAGUCACGGAUUAUCAAUGGGGCACGAAGCCUCACACGUUCCUUCGCCCGUUCCGGUACUUCAUACAUUUUCACGACAAGCUCAAGGCGAAGCUAGAGUGGAUGGAAGAGCACAUUAAGAACCUUGAUUCAAGCGACGACGCUGCAACCGCUUCGAAAGAGACCAAGGGUGAAGAGGAUGUAUUCAGUUCGGAAAGCGCCUUGGAGGAGUUUCGGUGCUACAUCAAGUUUGCCGAAACUGAGAUUGUGCCAUCGUACUCUGCCUUCGAGGAUGCCGACUUUGGAGCUUCGAGGAAGAUCAGGUACCAAGAUCUAUGGUGCCUGUUCCGACCGGGCGAAUUGAUCUAUAUCCCGCAGAGUACUCUCGUCAACUUGUAUCAUACUGGAGGUGUGCUCGAUCAAGCCGCGAACAAUUCUUCCACCAAAGGCCACGGCGCAACCACUCUCCAGCAGGUGUGGCGACUGAUCCAUACCCAGCCCACACACGGGUGGGAGUAUUUGAUGGAAGAGUUCGACGACAAUGAUUACUUCCGGGCGUCUUGCCACUACCUCGACUAUGAUGGUUCGACAUACGCAGGGGUUAUCUAUCCUUUCAACAUCCCAUAUUUCAAGGACAAGAGGGACAUUCGUGACCUCCCCUUCUAUCCCAUCCGCUUUGCCGAGGAUUGGAAGUUGUGCCUCGCCGAGGGACGACGUUGGGGCGCAAAGUUCACCGAGUCCGUCACGACUCACCCCGUGGGUAGUCAAAUUGUGCAGCCGGUCAAGAAGCCCGACCAUAUUGAAGGCGACGUCAUCAUCGAUUUCCAGGAGACGUUCAACAACUGUCCUGAAUGGAAGAAAAAUUUUGCCGACGAAGAGCCCAUGGCUGUUAGUCGCGGAGGCUUCUAUGCAACGAUGGCUGGGAACCAUGCCAUCAUCACCUGGUCCGAUGUCCACCGCACAAAACAAGUUUCUUCGUUUACCGAGGCUGUGGUCGAUGAAGACAACAUCGACACGAUUGAACAUGACAUAUUCCUCUCCAAAAGCUGCUUCUUGACCCGCAAAUCGCAAGCUCUGAAACCUAUACCCACUGGGGAUGAUCUCGCGUUGUUGCCACGCCGCUUGUUUUCUUACGCCAUUAGAGACCGCGUAUUCGUUCCCAUUAACGUCUACGAUUUAACGCCUAUAGAGCGACAGGCUGACGUGUUCGACAAGCUCGAACUUCGCCCCGAGCAUAAGCGGCAUGUUGAAGCCCUCGUACGCACACACUUUAGAAAGAACGAGCUGGACGCACACGGCGAGCUCCGGACCCAGGACCUAAUCCGCGGCAAGGGAAAAGGUGUCGUAUUUCUUCUCCACGGACCUCCCGGCGUGGGGAAAACGGCAACAGCCGAGGCCAUCGCCCAAAAAUUCAACAAGCCACUGUUUCCGAUUACCUGUGGCGAUCUUGGCUUUUCCCCUCGGGACGUCGAGGAGAAGUUGACCGAAGUCUUCCGGCUUGCGCACCUUUGGGAUUGCGUCCUGCUUCUUGAUGAGGCGGAUGUGUUUCUCUCGGCACGGAAUGCCAACGAUGUGAAGAGGAACGGCCUCGUAUCAGUGUUCCUCCGCGUUCUCGAGUAUUACAACGGAGUCCUCUUUCUCACGACGAACCGCGUUGGGAAACUGGACGCCGCCGUCACUUCUCGUAUCCACUUAAUCCUCCACUACAAGCGUCUCAAGGGCCCCGAAAUCCUCAGCAUCUUCAAGCUUAACAUUGAGCGCCUAGAGCAGAUCGAGCAGCAACGCCACGAGAUGUUCAAGGAACCCAAGCUCUUCAUCCUCAAAGAGGAGAUCCUUCGUUUCGCAGAGGAGCACUACCAUGAGAGCGAGCGCUCGCGAUCGAGAGAGCGUUGGAACGGAAGGCAGAUCCGCAACGCGUUCCUCAUCGCGACCUCGCUUGCCCGGUACGAGGUGGAGAAGCAGGGUCCGGGGUUCCAACCGCAACUCCGCGCUUCGCAUUUCCGGGAGGUGGAAAUGAUGACGAGGGAGUUCGAUAGUUUCCGGAGACGUCUUAAUAUGGGUGACGAUGCUCAGGCUGCAAGGAGGAGAGGAGAACGAGAUGAUAGCUGGGACGAGGCGGAGGAUCUUGAUGACAAUCCUGUUGCUCCGCCGUUGAGCCACAGUAAUAGGCCAUACCAGCCACCUCUGGGUAUUAGUCGAACGGGCAGCAAUUUACGCGCUGGAUAUCAGCCGUCUCCUCGAGGUCUCUCACCUCACUCGACACCCACGCGGGUUCCAUUGAGUGGCACUUCGCCCUCAGCUCCAACUCACAUGGCGUCCGAAUACAGUCACGGUGGUUAUCCUAUGACACCGCCGAUGCGAUCACAAGACUCGUAUCAGCGAUCACCGAGGGAAUCUCAUUUUACGCUAUACUCCGCGGCUCCGCCGUCCUCUUCCCAUCGAGAAUACCACAAUCCGCCCAUGGAAAGGCAGACUGCGAUGCCGAUUUCUGACCCUCCGGAACUGCACCCGAGGGACAUUCCCGUCUUCAGCACGCCGGGUAGGACCUCGCCAGGAGGUGGUGGCUGA